UCGAGUAGAGACCGUUGCUGCUGUCCAGCAGCACGGCAAACGUGGUUUUGUUAAAUAAAUUUCGAUGAAUUUAAUUACAAGUGUUAGUAAUUUCUCGUAUGCCUCAUUUACGUGCUGUUUCGCAGAUAAAUGAGCUUGCAAGACAGCCUCUUCUCCGAGGACGUGGAGCACGACGUGACUCUAUUUUCAAGGGACAAGAAACGGAAAAGGGUACUCGUCUUUCCACCUGUAAACAACUAUCGGAGGUACAUCAUACAUCAGUUAGUACAAGAUCGUUUUGCCGAUUUGCAUACGUUCUCGAUCGGACAGGGUUCUGCCAGGCGGACCGUCGUUUGUUACAAGAGUGACGUGAUAAGGGACCCGAAAUUGAAUGGUGAACAGUGUAAAUUAGAUUGUGCAACGAAAGGUAUUGGUUCGUUGGUUGAGAUGGGCGUCGAAGGUCGACGAUCGCCCUCUGCAUCUCCAGAACGUGUGCGAGUUCAAAGACAAGCAAAAUCAACGCCAGCGGUUGAACUCUAUAGGCCACCAGCUGCUAGGAAAUCUAAAAAUGAACUUCAAACAUGCGUGGACCAAGUUCAAGUGCAACCAACUGCGGAUUCAUCUGCUAUAAAAACUUCACGGCAAAAAAGACCGGAUCGUGCAGUUUAUGUACCGAGACAUCGUAGGAGUUUGGAAACAGAAGGAAGUCCUCAGCCAUCAGAAUCUACUCGUAUAAAUCGUACAACUAAGGAUAACUCGUUCUUAUCUUCUACUUUUCAUGGACAAUCAAAAUCAACUUUAAAUGUUAAAGAAGUAGAUACGGAUACGCAACAAAGCAUAGAAUGUGCGAAAAAGGGAUCAAAUAUAUGCUUUGAUAAAGAUCAAGACACUAUGGAAUCUGAAGUAAAUUUGUGUUUUCAAACAGAUUCAAAAGAUACAGAUUCUUUGAUUGUAUCAGAAAUACCUAUGAUAGAAGAAACUUAUAGUAAAGAAAUGAUUGAGCAGUUCGACAGUUCAAAUGAAAAUGUGCCAAAUGAUUCGAAUAGUCCUGCUGCUCUUGAAGAUAAAUGUGAGAUAACUGAUGAUCUUCAAUUACAAACUACUGAAGAGCAAGAAGUAUCUAAUAAUUCUAGUGAAAAUAAGAAUAAUUUAAACUCAGUUGAAACAUGUAUAUAUAGUGAACUUAAUGUUAAUGAAGAAAUAGACAGAUCUGAUAAAUAUAAGGACAAUGUUAUUAUAACUAAUUCGACCGAAAAUAAUAACAAAAAUAAUGUGGAGCUUUUAAGUAAAGAUGAAAUAACGAAUCAAAAGAACACGCAAAUGAUGCAUCGCAAUAUGGUGUCAAACGUGUUAAUUAUCUCAGAUAGUGUACAGAAGGAAGCAGAACCUGUUAAAGUAGUCAUUCCUGUUCCUAUAACACCAGCAGAGAAGAAAGUGAAAAAAGUUGUACGACAGAAAAGCAAACCCGCGCCACCACCUUCUCCGCCUAUUAAAAAAAUUAACAGGGAUGAAUGUGACUGGGAUAGUUUAUUUGAUGACAAUGGUGAUUGUUUAGAUCCAACACUCAUCGAGGAGUUAACAUCAGCUGUUGGCAAUGUUAUGAUAGAACAACCAAAAAGUGAUUAUAAACCAUACACCAAACACAUCGAAGUAUCCAGCGACGAAUUUGCUCAUGUUGUUGAAAUUUACAAUUUUCCAUCAGAAUUCAAAACCAGCGAUUUAGCAGCCGUUUUUAGUCCUUUUAAAAAUGGCGGUUUUGAAUUGAAAUGGGUAGAUGAUACUCACUGUCUUGGAGUCUUCAGUAGUCCUCUUGUUGCUGCUGAAGUAUUGGCAUCUGAUCAUCCGUUUGUUAAAACAAGACCUCUAAGUGAGGCUACUGCUUUGAGCAAAACGAAAGCGAAAAGAAGCGCAGAAUUUUUACAACCUUAUAGAAGUCGUCCAGAAACUUGCGCGGCAUUAGCCAGACGAUUAGUUACGGGUGCUCUGGGAGUGAAAUUAGCCACUGCUAGGCAAGAACGUGAACACGAGAAGAAUAUAUUACGUGAGGCUAAAGAAAAACGUAGAUUAGCAAAUAAACAGCGAGAAGAUGCCUGGGAAGGCAUUAUUCCCGAAAAGUAGCAUUAUUUGUUGCAAAUGUAAUGUUCAUACAUUGAAAAUUAUUUACAUUAUUGUGUAAGUGUUUUAUAACAUUUACAUGCAUUUGUGCCUUACUCAUCUAUUCUUAUCCGUGACAAACUAUCUUUUUUGUCAAACUGAUUUGGCGAUUGGUUUUGGGAACAUGGGAGAUUGCUUGCCAAUAGAUGAGUGUGGCAUGACAAAACUAUCAAGAAAUGGAUAUACAUACUUGCUUAGGUACUGGUAAAGUGAAUUUUCCAGUGCUUGUUUAUUUUCUACGUAUUAUGCAUAUCACGAUAUUCAGACCAGAUGAAUGAGCGUGCCUGUUGUACUAUUUUCUAAUGGAAGGGUAUUAAGUAUUUUAAGUAAACCUCUAGAUGAGGGCAAUUUACAGCCUUGACAUAUUAGAAAAGUAUAUUAAAAAAACAGAUGUAGAAGCGUUUUAUGAUAUAUACGGUUAUUCUUACCUCGACAGUUGCCUCUGUUAUAAAUUUAUAUAUACACGACAAACAAUGCUGUGUUGUGCAAUGAUAAUACGAGACAAUAAGUUAGAAUGGUAGAGAACGAAGAUAUCCUUUUACACAUGCACGCGUGCGUGCACAUACAUCGAUAUACUACAAUGAUAUGUAAUCGAAGUGUGUCUUCACAGAAUUAUGAUUUCACAACAAUGAAAUUAUACGGAAAUACAAUGUGGCAUUUUAUUAUUAUACGUAAGAUUAUUGUAGUUAUGAAUCAUGCCACUUAUUAUAUUACAUAUACAUAUAUAAAUCUGUUACAUGAAUGUUAAAAAUUUGACGCACAAUCAUGAUCUAUCUACAUAGAUUACAAAUUUACUAAGAGAAAAAAAGUUCGAAACAGAUUGUAUUUUUAUAUACAAUUGUUACCAACAGAGGAAUAAAGAUAUGUAUCGCCAAAUCCUAGUCAAUGUACGCAAGAAACAUGUUACCUAUAUUGUAUAUUAUA